AUGGCAAGUCCCUGGAUGUCGAGCGAAGCCAUCAAUGGGAUAUAUAUCCCUUCCGCCCUUCUGAUUUGCGGCACUGCCAUUGUGAAGAAGGAAUGGCUUUCUUACGCGGCGGCUCUUGCGGUGAUACUGUCGGGCUGGCAGGUGUUUAGCAACAGACAAAGGAAAGUUCUCAACCCUAACGAAUUCCAAAACUUCGUUUUGAAAGAGAAAACCAUUGUCUCUCACAAUGUCGCCAUCUAUCGCUUUGCCCUCCCGCGCCCCACUGAUAUCCUCGGCUUACCCAUUGGCCAACACAUUUCCCUCGCCGCGACAAUUGAAGGCCAGACGAAGGAGAUUAUGCGAUCCUAUACCCCCAUUUCCUCUGACCAGGAAACCGGCUACUUCGACCUUCUCGUCAAGGCAUAUCCUCAGGGGAACAUCUCUAAGCACCUUGCUGGCUUGCGCAUCGGGCAGACCAUGAAGGUUCGGGGUCCCAAGGGUGCCAUGGUUUACACUCCCAAUAUGGUUAAAAGGAUUGGUAUGAUCGCUGGUGGUACGGGCAUCACCCCGAUGCUUCAGAUCAUCAAGGCUAUUAUCCGAGGACGACAACGGAAUGGAGGCAAUGACACUACACAGGUUGAUCUCAUCUUUGCCAACGUUAACCCGGACGACAUCCUCCUUAGGGAAGAAUUGGAUCAGAUUGCCAAGGAGGACGAUGGAUUCCGCAUCUACUACGUCUUGAACAACCCUCCAGCGGGCUGGGAAGGUGGUGUCGGCUUUGUUACUCCCGAUAUGAUCAAGGCUAGUUUUGGAUUCUUUAGAACGCAUUCCCCAGCUUUAUCGCGUCUAACUAAUUUUCUUUCAACUUUCCAGGCCAAACUGCCCGCACCCGCACCCGAUACGAAAAUUUUGAUUUGCGGACCCCCGCCUAUGGUCAGUGCCAUGAAGAAAGCCACCGAGUCUCUCGGAUUCAAGAAGGCUGGGCUUGUGAGCAAGCUGGAUGACCAGGUCUUUUGCUUCUAG